AGCAACCAGAAUGUCUCUGUCGCGCCCCUCCUUUGCUCCUUCGCUUUCUCCAGCGACUCCGGUCGGAUCAAAUGCAAAGGACAAAGUUCAGAGCAAACCUGGCAAUAUUGUAUUAGAGGGGAAUAAAGAGAGAAUAAAGAAGAUGUUUGAUAAGGUUGAAUUGUCUGCAUCUUCUUAUGACACAGCUUGGGUGGCAAUGAUACCAUCACCUUCUUCUCCAGAAAAUCCUUUGUUCCCUCAAACCCUAAAUUGGUUAUUAGAAAACCAACAAAAUGAUGGAUCAUGGGGUCUUUCUGAUCGUCACGAGUUGCUUAUUAAAGACUCCCUUUUAUCUACUUUAACUUGUGUUAUUGCACUUAAGCAUUGGAAUAUUGGUGAACAACAAACUAACAGAGGACUUCAAUAUAUUGAGUCAAAUAUUGCUGCAGCUCAUGAUGAUAAACAAUACUCUCCAAUUGGAUUUGAUAUUAUCUUUUCUAAUUUAAUUGAGUCUGCUCAAAAAUUGGAUCUAAAUCUUCUUGCUGGAGGAAGGCAUUUGCAGUCACUCAUUCAAAAAAGAGAAUUGGAGCUCAAAAGAGGCUGGGAAACCAAUUCAGAAGGAUGGAAGGCAUAUUUAGCAUAUAUUUCAGAAGGAUUAGGAAAGUCACAGAAUUGGGAAAUGGCUAUGAGAUAUCAAAGGAAAAAUGGAUCUUUAUUCAACUCACCAGCCACUACAGCAUCUGCUUUUACCCACCUGAACAAUUCUCAGUGUCUUGAUUAUCUGCUUUCAAUAUUCAAUAAAUAUGAUAAUACUGUUCCUACUGUUCAUCCCCUGGAUGUGUCUGCACAACUCCACUUGGUUGAUUGUCUUCAAAAAUUGGGUAUUGAUCGUCAUUUUCAGGAAGAGAUUCAAAGUGUGUUGGAUGAAACAUACAGAUUGUGGCAGCAAGAUGAUGAGGAUAUAUUUUUAGAGCCAACCACAUGUGCUGUGGCAUUUCGUUUAUUACGCCUGCACGGUUAUGACAUUUCUUCAGAUGAAAUGAAUCGUUUCUCAGAAGACAAGUUCAGUAAUACUCUUCAAGGAUAUUUGAAGGAUGUUGGUUCUAUUUUGGAGUUACAUAAGUCUUCACAGAUAGUUUUACAUUCGAAUGAUUCAGUUCUAGAGGAACAAAACUUGUGGACAAGACAAUUCCUGGGGGAAUAUCUGUCGUCUUCCUCAGAGAACUCUCAUAAACCUUUUAGCAAUAUUGAUCAUGAGGUACAUUAUGCUAUGAAGUUUCCUUAUCAUAUUAGUUUGGAUCGCAUAUUAAGCAGGACAUCUAUAGAGAAUAACAAGAUAGACGAAAAGAGAAUUCUGAAAACUUCAUAUAGUCUUUUGAACGUGGGAACAAGCAAGGAUAUGUUGGAGCUGGCAGUGCAAGAUUUUAACCAGGGUUUAUCCAUGUACCAAAAGGACUUGCAGCAAUUCAGCAAGUGGUUUAUGGAGAGUGGACUGGAUAAACUACACUUUCCAGUGUCAAAAACUAAACUGGGAUAUUCGUUCAUGACAGCAGCAGGAGGCCAUUCGUGCCCAGAACUUAGCGAAGCACGCCUUGCUUGGGCCAAGAAUGGCUUGCUUGUUUACGUCGCUGAUGAUCUCUAUGAUGUUUGGGGUUCUCAAGAGGAACAGAUUGAUCUUUUACGCUUGAUGGAGACGUGGGACGUAGAUGUGAGCAAAGAAAGUUGUUCUGAGACAGUGAAGAUAUUAUUCUUAGCUCUCAAGGAAACCAUUUGUGAGAUUGCAGAGCAAGCUUCUAAGUUUCAAGGACGAAGCGUUCUGAACCACUUGAUUCAGCUUUGGGUGGAUGUGUUGAGGUCGUUUCUGAAGGAAGCUGAGUGGUCGAGGAACAAAGGUGUGCCGACCAUGGAAGAGUAUGAACCUAAUUCAAUAAUAUCACUGGCUAUGGGAGUGAUCGUCCUUCCAAGUCUUUAUCUUGUUGGGCCUAAGCUUCCCCAUGAGACCAUUGAGAGUGAAGAAUACAAUCAACUCUUUCAGAUCCUUAGCUUUUAUGGCAGAUUACUCAAUGAUGUCAACGGCUACAAGAGGGAAAGAGAACAAGGAAAACUGAACUCAGUUGCAUUGGAAGUGAUACAUGGAUCAGGGGAGGUAACUGAGGAAGAGAUCAUAAAGAAGAUCAAAGUGAAGAUUGAUGAGAAAAGGAAAGAGCUUGUGAGAGUAGUUUUGCAGAAAGGAGGGAGUGUGGUUCCAGGAGAAGUGAAAAAGGUGUUCUGGAAGAUGGCCAAAUUGCUGACUUUGAUUUACAACAAGGAUGACGUCAUGCAUGAAAAUGAAAUGCCCCAGGAAAUGUUCAACAUCAAGGAUGCAUUGCUCGGAGACCCCAUCCUUCUCAAUAAUUUUGAUUGAUACUCUCUUUUAAGGAAUUGUGUGUUUCUGCAAAUAACGUAAUGAUAAAUAUUGCUCCCAUCGCUCAUAAAUGUACAAGUUAAUUAAAGGAUUUAUUUUAAUC